AUGAAAAUAGAUAGCCCACCGCAAAUGAGACAGCGUUCGCUAAGUAUCGAAGACAAAGAAUAUUACCCAGAUUUGACUGGCCUUGAGGUUCCGCUUACCCUUCCUCUGAAGAGGAAUGUUUUUGAGGAUGGGCAGAAGUGUCAGGAUCGGACUCCAAUGAUGCCCUUGAGGCAUGCCAGUGGAGUCCCCAGCCAACAUAUCAAAAUCCAUUCUGAUCACAUCACCACGGCCGAUGAUGAAGAAUCGAUAGCUGAUCACCUCUCAGUAUUUUCUGACCUUACUGAGGAUCCUUCCACAACAUUCACCUUCUUGGAUGAAAUAUUUACUGCUGACUUUGAAAAUUCAUGGCGAAAGAACAGUUUUGACGCCUCUGUGCGUGUGGAAGCUCUUGGACCACUACAUGAAGACAUUGAUGAUGGCGACAGUAGUACUAGCUCGCACAGCAACAAGCCCUUUGCAGCAGUCAGAAGAGACAGCGCCUUUUUCGAACAAGCUACUACAAAGGACAUGCCUCCACGAACUGUAGUCCGACAAGAUUCAUCACGCAGUAAGUGGACCAUGUUGGACGACUCCGAGCCUAUGGAUUGUAGUUUUGAAGACAUCUCAACGCCAGGUCAAGAUAACAAAUCAAUCACGACGAUUACCAAGAAGAAGGCAUGCUACCCACAGCAGCCAUUGAAGCAAAGGCCACCAUAUCUACAAAAGCUGACGGCAGCCUUCAUGAUGCCUGAUUCCGCUAUUUAUACAACUGCAUUUGGUAUGAACCAACAGACCUUUUCUUUGAAAUCAAGCUUUUGA